UCCUUAGAUGGUGGUGGCAUUAGGGGCAUCUCAAUACUUGUUGUCCUGGAGGAGGUUUUGCAUCGCUUGCAACAAGCUGAAAACCUUUCUUCCGUGCCUGUUCCACCUGACUAUUUCGACUUUAUAUGUGGUACAAGUCAUUUGAUAAUUGGUGCAACCCACCAGACAGCCGGUAGUACACCAAUCCAAAACGCAUAUUCAGGAUUUGGAGGAUGA